CCUGUCUCCCUCCUCUCUCAUUCUGCCGCUCCUCUGCUUUGGCUUGGUGCUCACUGCUCACCCUCUUACAGGCUCUCUCUCACCCCCCUACACAAUUACUCUGUGUUGCUGCAAACAUGGUUGAGGCUUUCGUUGGCACGUGGAACCUGAAGGAGAGUGAGAAAUUUGAUGAUUACAUGAAAGAGCUGGGCGUGGGAUUUGCUACACGCAAGGUGGGCAACUUGACUAAGCCCACCACAAUUAUCUGUGUGGACGUUGACAAGGUGACCGUGAAGACCCAGAGUGCCAUCAAGAACACAGAGGUUUCCUUUAAGCUAGGAGAAGAGUUUGACGAGACCACAGCCGAUGACAGGAAGGUCAAGUCCAUAGUGAAGAUAGAGGAUGGGAAGUUGGUACACAUACAGCGAUGGGACGGUAAAGAGACCAGUCUGGUCAGGGAAGUCAACGGAAACGCCCUCACACUGACACUUAAACUUGGAGAAGUGGUUUGCACACGUCGCUAUGAGAAAGCAGAGUAGAAUCCACCAUGGAGUUUGCAUCAGCUAAAGUCCCAAAACUUCUUACUACUAACUAACUGGUAGUAAGGAGGCCAAGAAAACGCCAUGUGUGGCUGCUAGUUACCCUUUUACUGUACCAUCAGUAUUACUGUUACUGCUGACCUUGAGUUUGCCUGUUUCUCAGCCCUUUUGCCUGUUUUUUUUUCAAAGCUAUACUAAACAAACACUGAACAAAUUCCAAUGAUUUUAUUUUGUUGUUGUUUUCCAUAAAACUGCUGAUUUGUCUUUAUUAUGUUAGAAAUGUAUUUUGCAUGAUACAUUUUAAAAAGAAAAAACCUUGAAAAUUUCUGGAAUUUAAAAAAUGUUCUUGGUAUGAUCUCAAACAUUCAAAAUAAAACAGUCAGCAAUGACAAAGAAGUAAAGUA